AUGGCUGAAGCAAUCGGAGAAACAAAUCUCUGUCAGCAUUGUAAUACUCUGGUUAACUUUCAAGACUGGGCUGAACAUUCAUCUGCGUCAUCAAGUGCUACAUUGGCUGGUCACCAUUUUCUUCACUCAACCGCUUAUUUAUGUGCUAAAAAAAUAGUAGAUUUACCUGUAUCUAUUGAAAAUAAAGAUGAUUGUGAUAGUUUAUCAACUCGAUUAACAACAACGACUUCUUCUUGUCUUUUACGAAGUCCUGUAAGACUAUCAUCAAUUGCAACUGAUCAAACAACAGAUGUAUUUCUUGAAGACAACGAAAUUAACUUUACCCGGGAAUCAAUAUUUAUUGGGCAAUCGUACACUAAAGAAAAAAAUCAUGAUCAGUUAAAACAAACAUUAUCAAAUAAAAAUCAAUAUCAAAAAAUUAAAUCACAUCGAUGUCUCGAAUUAUCAACAAUUCAUGAAACAAGUUUCGAAUCUGAUUCAAUUGUAAAUAAUCAAACUGAUGAUUCAACAAUUGCUGAUAAUAAUCUUCAAUUAGAAUCAAUUAAAAAACGACAACCAUUACAAGAAAUUGAUAUUAAUUCAUUUAAUGAUGAAGAACGUAAAAUUGAAAACGAAAAAAAUCGUUCUCAAAAUUCAAUAGUAUUGACAUUAGCGAGUGAUAAUGAUCAAGAAAAUUUACCAAUAACAAUAAAAAAACGGUCAAUGACGUCAACAAAAAUUGAGCCACCUAACAAAAGACAAAAGAAAACAAAUGUAAAAAUACCCGUAACUGGACAACAAAUGAUUACUAGUUUUUUUCAAUCGAUAAAUUAA